AUGUCCUUUCAAACCAAUGCAGAUUGUAUUCAUGAGGUGGUAAAAUUUCUCAGACAUGACACUAAAUCUCUACACUCGUGCCUACUGGUCAACCGUCUUUGGUGUGAAAUGUCUGCUCCAAUAUUAUGGAAAGACCCUUGGGCAAAAUUCUUUAAUGUACCGCUUUCUAAACCAUCAUUCACUCAACCUUCUGCAUUGAUCAGCACAUACAUAGCCUCCCUACCACAAGAGUCACUAAAUACCUUGGAGAUGAACGGACUCAACGUCUCCCAAUUCACAUCAACAACCGUUUUCAAUUAUCCAAAAUAUUUACGUUGUUUAGACCUCGAAUUCUUGUAUUGGUUAGUUGUGCGUUGGGUCCGCGAGAACAUUAACAAGGAACACAAGAACAAAGCAGUAUUUCAGCCCCUGAAAAAAGUUGUGAGGCGUUUCAAGAAGUUUGGUAAAAGAUCAUCGCCAAGCUCGGACACAUGGACCACGAUGCCACCGCAAGACAAGGUUCGAGUUGUUUGCUCGGAGUUAUUAUCCUUGUUCCUCAGAGAGUCACCAAAGAUAUAUAUCCUGCGUAUUAAUGAUUACUCCAAGGUGGAAAUUUUUCCACAAUUGUUGGAGAAUCUCGGCUCCCGGAAAAAUUGUCUUUCCUUCUUGAGGGGACUGGAAUGUAGGGAUAAGCCACUGAUGGACAACAUAUUUAAUCAAUUAUCCCUGCUCACCACCGAUAUCACGCAAAUAUUAAUCAUCGGUAGUUACAACACCGAGUCACUGGCAAACUUGGUUCGGGUCCAAAAGAAAAUUCAAAAGGUCUGUUUCGAAAACUUCUCUCGAAUUUCGCCCGACGAAUAUUGGACGGCGUCCGGGGUCGGUUACGAGCUAUCAAAGAAAACAUCAUUCAUCACCAGUCUCCACCUGUUGAAUUCAUGUGCCUUGUUGACAAAAUUAUCGGAUUUUGUCAAUCUACAAGAAUUAACGGUUCAAUGUAUAGAAGAACGAAGGUGUGAUCAUACGGAAACAUUAACCCCGCCCGUUCUAAAGCAUCUCACGAAACUCAAAUUCCGAUGCUCUCAUGAUUACACGUUGGAAUAUCUAGCGGACUUGAUAGAUCACACGGUGGGAAAACUUAGAAAGAUUACUAUCGAGGGGGGAAGAAUUACCGACCCUCAAAAUAGUUUUAAUCUUGUGCACUCUAUCGCAAACAAAUGUCCCCAUCUGAGAUCAUGUUCGAUACCGAUGUCGAGCAAUAAUCCAAAGUUGAAUUGGAUCAUGGAAUUUUGUGGGCGACUCAAAGACCUACGACUUUAUGCUAUACAAGAUACCGAUGCCUUAUACGAUUCAACUAGCAUUAACGGAUCAAGCAAUAGUCGUAACCACAGCAACAAUAGAUUAUUCGGCAGGAAUGAUGGCAGCAACGUUAGCAUCAAUCGUGCUUACAGUGACACUCUGCUGUAUCAACUGCUCGAUAAUGUACCGACGAAAUUGCGUAGGUUAGAUCUGAUUGACUGGAGUUUUUCUCCACCAGUCUGGGAAUUCUUCCUGAAAACUCAAUCGAAGACCCACCUCCAACAUAUUUGUUAUUAUUGGAAUGACAAAACGAAGCCUUCCGAUGAGUUUUUAAAGAUCUGCCGCCAGUGCAGGAAACAUGGAGAAUUGGCGACCUUCAAGAGUAUUGAUUCUUAUUGGAAAUGGUAG